UCAAUAUGAUUCAGAGACCUGAAAAUCAGAUAGAAGAGGACAUUCCCCAUAAAUGUGCUAAUGUGGUACACCUUCAAGAUCCAGGUCAUUCAACAAGUGGGACGCACUGUUGACAUGCCCAAGCCAACAAAUCAGGCCCGUUCACUCAUCAGUGAAGAAGAAGCAAAGAAGAAGAUCUAUAAUGUUUCUUAUGAUAGAUAUUUUGGUUUUGGAUGUGAGAUUGAUGAGGAGACCUCAAAUAAGCUAGAAGGAUGGUAUCAAGUGGUUUUAGAUUUAUGAUGAAAUUGUUGUCUGGUAAAUAUUUUCGCUGAUUGUACAUUAAAAAAAUAUUUUCCUGAUUUUAUCCUUCUCUUUACAGGUCUUCUUGGCGUCCUUCUUUUGCUGAGAACAAGGACUAUGGAGGUUGAGGUUGCUCUGAGAGAUCUUAUACUCUCAGAUUAUGCCAAGAAGAAUAAUGUAAACACCUCGGCACUGACACAGUCUGAAAUUCGUGAUAUAAUACUGGGGGCUGAGAUAAAUCCACCUUCACAACAGGGCCAACAGAUUGCCGAGAUUGAGAAGCAGGCGAAAGAAGUAAGCCAACAUAUAAUAGUCACAACAAGGACAACAAUUGUGCGAUGAACUCAUUGUCAUCACAACAAGCCCCUAUGAGCAAGCAGCAUUUGGUUCUAAAACUGAUUGGCAUGUGAGAGCAAUCUCAGCGACGAAUCUAUAUCUUAGAGUCAAUCAUAUUUGUGUGAACACCAAGGACA